GGGUAGUAUGGUACUUGCGAAUACAUGCCAAAUCAAAAUGGUUCUUUGCAGCAAAUGUCAAGUUGACGGAGCGGCGCCUCGCCUACUGUUUACUGCCUACCUUAUGUAGGUACUGGGGCCUCUGCAGAUUGUCAGACUGGGUAAGACUUAACUUAGCUGGUCGUCUACGCAUGACGCACGCCGAACUCUCCAGCUACAAGUCAGAGGCGAAUAAGAUAUAUCCUCGACGCCAUCUCCUCGCCUGUUGCAAGUCAAUUUCCACCCUCCUUACAAUAUAAACUCUUAGAGGCUUCAAUCCCAAGCUCGUUGCAUCUCAAACUUGAAACUAACAACCUAGUUAAAACCUAUAUUAACGACAAGGACAUUAAAAAAGGGACUUACCCCUUCCCACAAAAGAGAUGGAUGAAAUCGAUGUUCCUACUGGUCUCGCAUCUCCCUCCAAAUCGAUGGCGUAUAUAUAUGGUGAUACCGACCUGUACCUCGAUUCUGCAACCACUUCUUCCACAACGUCUAGUCCGACGGAAUCACCGUAUAACUUUACGUUCCAAGGGAUGUAUCCCAGUUCCGAGAAUGCAGAAAGAGCUGGGGAAACAACUCAGCCAGACUCCCAACAACCUCCUUCUAAGCCUGCGGCAAAGAGGAAGCGCGAGAAUAGAUACAAAAACGCACCACCGUCCGUCUUAUCUCGCCGAAGAGCUCAGAAUCGUGCGUCCCAGAGAGCCUAUCGAGAACGCAAGGACCAGCGUAUCAAAGACCUCGAAAUCUUACUUGGUGAAGCCCAGAAAAAGAAUGACGUCCUUAGCCUCGCCUACUCCAACUUACAAGCAGAGUAUAUUAGACUCAAGCGCGAACGAGAACGCGACCAAGAAGCAGCAGCACGAUACACACAGGGCGCCCUAGUAUACGACCCAACAAUAGAUACGGCUUCCAGCGAUAUGGAUUUAUUCCUCUACGGUGGUCCAUCAGGUUUUCCCAUGUGAGCCAGAGCGACCCGGAUCAUAGACGAACUAGAUACCUCUCGUAAUUUCUCCUACGUUUGGAUCAAAACCAGUGCUGGCACACUACGACCGACCUAUCGACCUUUUUCUCCAACCCUGGUGUACUUGGCCU